AGCGCCGUCAAAACAGUCGCGAGCGAGCAGGAAGGAGGGGGGGGGGGCGGGCGAGCGGUGGCGGCGACGGUUAAAAUUCAAAUCGCUGCAACGUUCGGCUUGGUGUUGGGUGAGCCAACCCCCGGAGGACGUCCGAUUUAUUAUUAUUGAGAAAGAAAGAGGGGGAGAAAAAAAUUGAUCUUUGACAGGAUUUAAAACAAGAAGAUCAGUGACAUUUCCAGACGGGAGAGUAUUUUUCUAAUUUUUUUUUCAAUUAUUUAUUCCCUUUCCCCUCUCUCCCUCUUCACACCCUCUGGACUCUCUGUCAGGGUCUUUUGUGUGUGUGUGUGUGUGUGUGUGAGAGAGAUUUUUUUUUCAUUUUGUGGCCGGGGUGUGAUGGAGGACCAGUCCCGGCUGCUGCAGCCUCACCCCGGGGUGGCUCUGGCGGUACACUCGCUCCCUCCUCACUCCCAGGCGGACGGAGGCGACCCCGAGGGACGGAAACAGGACAUCGGAGACAUCCUGCAGCAGAUCAUGACCAUCACUGACCAGAGCCUGGACGAGGCUCAGGCCAGAAAACACGCGUUAAACUGUCACAGGAUGAAACCGGCUCUCUUCAGUGUUUUGUGCGAAAUCAAAGAAAAGACAGGAUAAAGAAACAUCUGCGAAUGAGCAAACCAGCUCGGCGAGCGAACCAAUGACAGCAUUUGACAUUUGACCUUGAUGUUGAUAUUUCUGUGAGCUGACCAGCAGAGGAAGGAUCCAGAGUUGCUGUGGCAACAUAUGGAUUUAAAUGCACGUUGUAUCCAGGAGUUAUGGAUAGUGAUGAUAAAAGCUUCAGUUUUUUUCCUAUUACAUGGCUGACCAAGAAUUUCUUCUGCUUUUACUGCCUGCCUUUGAUAUAUUCUCGAAGGAGUUAAAAGAUGAUACUCCACGUAUUUGGCCACACAAUGAACACAUCAUCACAUCCUUGAGUGGGACUUGAAUUCUGAUCUUCUAGCUUCGAUGCAGGGAAUAUCUCUCACCACCCCCACCCGGUGCCACAACGAUCACUCCCAUUGUUGAAAUAGGGUUCAUAUAUUUGUAGAAAACAAUAAGUGUAGUAAUAUAGAUCCAAUUAGUAGACUUCAUCUGUAAAUGUAUCUUAGAAUUUGUUUUCAUGGGAAAGAGAAUUUUGAGAAGAAUGUUGGUCAAAUACUAAUAAUUUCCAUGAAAUGGCAAUUGGUUACUAAAAUUACUAGGAGCUGUUGAAGUUAGAAUCUCUCAAAGUCUCUGCAUUUGGUUGAUUUUUUUUCUCCUUUUCAAUGCCCCACCUUGCAUCGAACUGCUCACAUUUCUCUACUCUGUGGUUGUUUUGUAAUUUUUUCAUUACAUUUUAUAAGUAUGUUACAUAUACAGAUUCAAUACAUUUGGUGUUCAAUGGAGUUACCUAGUUCAAAAAUAAAACUGCCCAGUGUAUUAUUGUAUAUUGUUCAGCCGUGAUCCUGUUGAAUGAGGGAGCAGGCUUGUGGGGCACAAUGACCUACUCCUGUUCCUAAUUCUUAUGGUCUAUGGUUUAAGGCUUGUACUCAAAAGAUGCAGUCUUCUUUCAGAUUGAGUUCUGUGCAUAAGACUAAUUUUACCCACUUUCAACAAA